AUUAGAAAACUAAAUUAAAAAUGGAAGAGGUAAUGUCAAUGAUCUUCCAAGGAUUGAAACUGGUUAAGGAGCUUGAGUCAAGCUUACCGGAAAAGUCACUAGAAGCUCUAUCGACCUCCCUCGACGAGAUCACGAGGACAUUUGGUGAUGCAAACGAGCGGCUGAAGAUAGUUCUUGAAUUCAGAAACUCGGUGGUUGUGUCUUGUUCAGACCAGUUGCUAAUGCAGAAUGAACCGGGUCUGAUGCAAGAGUAUUGGUUAAGGUGUGGCGGGUCCACGUCAUCUCAGGGAACCGGAGCCGUGACUCAAAGACAGAUCAUGGCCGUUGAAGAUGGCGGAAGAAACUUGACGGCUGUAGAAAGAUCAGGCGGCUCCGGUAGCAAUCCUUCCACGCCAAGGCAACGCAGAAGGAAAAACGAAGGAGGAGAACACGUGGUGUUGGUGGCGGCGUUAAGGACAGGAAACAUAAAUCUACCACCUGACGAUAACCAUACUUGGCGUAAAUACGGUCAAAAGGAAAUUCUCGGUUCGAAGUUUCCUAGGGCGUACUAUAGAUGCACCCACCAGAAGUUAUACAAUUGUCCAGCUAAGAAGCAAGUACAACGCCUCAAUGACGAUCCCUUCACCUUCCGAGUCAAUUACCGUGGUUCACAUACUUGCCACAUCUACUCAACCGCUCCCACGGCUUCCACCGCUGCCCCCACCACUCCAGUUACAACUAGCUUUUCCCUUGACUACGGUCCUCCUUUCUUCGACAUGGCUGAUGCUAUGAUGUUUGGUAGCAGUGGGAUUGGGGCCAACAUGGACAUAUAUUCUUUCAAUGAUCCAAGUCAUCAUGAUGAUCACUGUUACCGGCGGUCGGAAGACGGCGACGACGGAGACAAGUAGGAUUCAUGUAUCUAUACAUAGAAACUAGAAAGGACAUGUCUGAUUUAAUUUAUUAUUACUAUCAAAAGUUCUGCAUCAUUACACGUGAUUCUUGUUUGGAUCUAGUGGGAAUCAAUUCUUUGAGUAGUUCGCUUUUACAAUGGAAAGUGUUUUAUUUUAAUUAUUGUGUAGUUUCCUUCUCAUUAUCUAUUUAAUUCAUUGCUUUUAAGGUAUUAGGAAAACAUUUUUGAGAAUGCAAGUACUUUUUUGAAAUAAUUGAUAAAAGUUGUGUUAGGGUUUUGAUUAUUUUUUGAAUAAUGAUAAACUAUCUAUUUACCUAACAAAUGGUAAAAGCUUAUUAGUUUCCACAAUACCUUUCUUAUAUCCAUAUUUCAAUACAAAUAUCUAGAAAUAGCUCAUUUCCUCAAAAUAUCUUCUUAAAAUAAAAUCAGAGUUUAGUUUAUACUUUAAACAAAUAUAAUUGGAUCUGAAAUAGAAUAUCAAGUAACCAGAAUUUCUGACAACAAAGAGAAAAGCGCAAACUAAUCAGAUAAUCCUAUAAAAAUAUUGUCUACACUUUUUCAGUACAAGGUACAUUUUCUUACAUAAAUAAAUAUGCAAUUCGAUACGUUUAAAAUAAAUCAAAACUAGGGGAUAAAUUGUUAUUUUGUCAGUAUCUCACAUAUUGGCAUGAACUUGUUGGUGUUUCUUCCUUUUUGUUGAUGUCUUUUUUUUAUACUAAAGAAUCCAAAUAGUUAAAGAGGAGUCUUCAGUGUCAAAAUCAGCUAUUCGAGUGGAAUCUUUGGUCCCUUCACCGUUACUAUUCAUCAUGCAUGCGGCCUUCGUUUUGCCCUUUGUUCAUCAUCUGCACUUGUUAUGUCGAUCGACAGAGAAGACACUCUAUAUUGAAUAAAUAUAUAUAUAGAUAUUCAUAGAAUGAAUCUUUUUAAAGUAUCACACGUAAAAAAAAUGUCUGAACCAAUUUGUUAAAAAAAAAAUUGAAAUCUAGUAAUUUUAUUUAUAUCAAUGUAAUAUUAAAAUUUCUCAAAUUCUUGGAUAUUUUCAAAGAUAUAGUGAAAUGAACUUUGUUUGUAUAAAAUAGUACAUGUACGGAACAUAAAUUAUUUAAUUUGCGUCACAACCGAAUACAUUAUUAUUAUCGCUUAAUUGAAUUUGUUUUGUUGUUUCAGGCUUUCAGCAAGCAUUAAUUAAUGCCCUAGUGUAUACGGCAAUGCUUAUGUAAGGACAACAACAAAAAGACAAAGCACGACAAUUGCGAGAUGAAUUUGUCCCAGUUUCUUCCUUUUAAGCACCAAACAUGCAUAGCCGCAAUUUGAAUGGAUAAGUCUCUUUACACUCUUUAGGUAAUCAAUCAUAUAUCACACACAUGGAUUAAAAAC